AACCACAGAGAGGGACAUGGAGAAAUAUAGUGGUGGGGGUGGACGAGAGAGAGAGAGAUCAUGUUGACACCUGCACAGAGAGAAGACCGCAAUUCCCUAUGAUGUCACUGGCACUCAGAGGUCCAGUAUAACUGACCAUGCCGCCUUUCCAUUCAGAGCAAAGAUUAAGAUACACACUGUUCCAGAGCGUCCUCUGUCCUGUCCUGUCCUGUCCUGUCCUGUCCUUGCUGAACACAGAGUUGGAGAUGAGAAGAGGAGAGAGCAUCACAUACUGAAAGGACUGCAGGUGAUUUCAGGAUUCACAGAGAACUUCACAGAGUCGUCCUCUCUUCUUCGGAAAGACCCCAGAUGAUGUGGAAAAAUGCCAUGCUGCUAUUUUGUUAUCUGUUCGUGUCCUUAUCGUGUUCCCCGAUGUAUCCAUCUUUCAGGUUUGGUCAGAGAGACACUUCCAUUGUGUUGACAUCCUCCAUAGAGGAUCCAGUGAGACUGUUGGAGGAAGAUGGAGCUCCUUCUACUUCAGUGGAGCUGCGCUCAGGGCGACAUGCAGAUGCGGUCUUCACCAACCGCUACAGAAAGGUUCUGGGACAGAUCUCCGCAAGGAGGUUUCUUCAAACCAUUAUGGGAAAAAGACUACAAAAUGAAAGUGUGGACUUUGUGAAGAGACACCAGUUGGGCAUCUUUAAGAGGACCUAUGAAGAGGGUCACACAACCUUCCACAGACGGGCAUAUAGAGCAGUACAACAGAAGGUGACCAACGCCACAAAGCCUGCCAGCAAUACACACUCAAACACCUGCAUCAACCUCUUUCUUUUGCUUUGACUUUAAGCAUACUUUUGUUUUUAAACCCAAACCAUGUUUCAACAAGACAGCCUUCGUAUCUGAUCUUUGACGUUGAUUAUUAAUAAGUGUGUUGAGAAUGUGUUAACCCAUGCUCCCCAAGUACAUUCAGCCUCUUUUUUUUUUUUUUUUAAAAGGAUUGCUUUGAUUUCUUGGGAUAUUUGAAAUGUUCCUUACAAAUUACAGAAAAAUAUUUCCCCAUUAAAGCCAUGAAGCAAAAAAUGAUCUUUGCAACGCACACUUAAGAACGA